AUGGAAAACUAACAUCCAUUCAUCGUACUUCUUCUGGGAGACUGCAAUACAGGGAAAUCAACAAUAGUGGGGAGAUAUUUGGAGAACAAAUUAGUUGAACCAUAACCAACAGUUGGAAUAGUAAAGCGAGAGAGUCAAAUAGAAAUUGGUAACAGCAAUUAGAAAGCUUAAAUAUACGACACAUCUGGGAAUGAAAAAUUUAGAGCCUAAGUUUUGGCUGAAUUUAAGAAUUCAUCAGCUGUGGUAUUGGUUUAUGAUAUAACUGAUUAUCAAAGCUUUUAAAAUGUGCAGACGUUACAGAAAGGUAUUGAGUAGAUUGAUUCUGAUUUAGAGGUGGCAAGAUCGAAUCCAAAUAUUGAUUAUUGGAUAGUUGUGGGAAACAAGUUGGAUUUGAAGGAGCAAAGAAAAGUUCAUAUGGAUGAAGGAAAGAAGUUUGCAUCAGCGAUUGGGGCUAGAUUUAUGGAAUGCUCAGCUUAACAACCGAGCAAUAUCAAUUUGAUAUUCUUGACGAUUCAACAAUGGACUUAGAUUAAUAUUUAACCGAAAUAUGUCCCAGAGCAAACUCAAAGACUUUUGGAGAAAUUGAAUAAUGAUGAGCAACAAAAGCAACUGUAGACUUCUACCUCGAAAAACAAUUAAACAAAAUUCAAAAAUAAGAAUACGAGUUUCUCUUUGAUAUAGAAUAAUACUAAUAAUGUAGUUUCGUCAUCAUUUGAUGAUUAAUAAAAUUCAUUUAAUGGAGAUAGCAUGUAAGAUUAUUUUGCAUAAUUAUUAAAAAAAGCAGAUUUGUAGACUUAAAAAUUAGCAGAUGUGAUUGUAGAGGAAGCAUAAGAAAAUAUAAUUCAAUCGUUGAAAUAACAAACAUUGACAAUUUCAAAUUCGAAACCACUAUAUCUUCUCGAAGACGCUAGUUCUCAAUUGUAAGAGAAAGCUGAAGACAAAAUAUCUAUGAUGAAAAAGAAACAUAAAUAAUUAGAUAAGUUGAGGAAAGAGAUAGCCUAAAACUUGUUACUUGUUCAGGAACAAAGGAAGAAGCUUACAACUGAUUAAGUUAUUGAGAAUACUUAAACUUAAAAGUUGGAGAGAGAGUUAUAAAAAAGAUUGUUGAGUGUUGAAAGAAAUAUGGAUUUCUUGAAAACUGAUAUCAUUUUAUCCUAAAAAUCACAGAAGUUUUGCACUAAUAAAAAUCAUUUUCUAUCAAGUGACUAAACUCAAAUUCUCAAAUAACACAUUAAUUAAAUUCAAAAUCCAGAACACAUAAAGGAGUAGAAUGAACAGAUUGCUAAGAUUAAAAUUGAAAGAAAGAAAUUAGAAGAGUCAAGAAACAAUAGAUAUAAACAAUAUGUCGAUAAUAUAGAAUCUCUCUUAAAAUAGGAAAAGGAAAGUAGAUAAAAGAAUGAAUAGGAUUUAAUCCUUAAGAGAAAAGAAAAGGCUAUGUAAAAGAUAGCUUCAAUGGAUAAAAUACGAUAAGAGCGAUCUUAAUAAAUGGCUAAGCAAAAUGAAUAAAUUAAAUAAAUUAUUGGAACAACACCAUUACAUGUUAAAUUAGAAAAUGUAUUCUAAGAGAAGAAUAAUAAUUCGUAAUUAGAGGAGCACAAAUUAAAAUUGAAAUAAAUUAGAGAUCUGCAUUAACCAGUUAGAAUGAAUGAUUUAAAGGUAUGGGAAGAAAAUUAUGAAAAAAGGAGGAAAUCUUAAGAAGAUAUAAGAAAUUAAAAAAUUCUCAAAAACAAUCAAUUAUCAUAUCAUGCAUCUUAUGAAUCCUCUGCUUAUAAAUAAGUAAAAGAAGAAUAAUCUAAAUAUUUAAAAGAAAAGGAAUAAACACUCAAGGAGUAGUAAUCAAAGCAAUAAGUUAAAUAGGAAUUCAUAAGUAAGCUAAAGGAUUAUCUCCCUUCUAUUAGCCCAGAGAAAUAAUAGGAGUUAGAGCAGAUUAUUAAUAAGGCACAUCACAAAAUAAACUUUUAUGAAUUCAUUGAAAUGACUAAAAAAGUAAAGUUAAAAGGAGUGUUUUUCGACAAGGAGGGGAAAAUCCUAGAAAGAAGUGUUGAUGAAGAAUACUAUGAGAAAAUAAAGGAGAAUGAAAAGAAUGAAGAAUAAAAUGCUAAGGUAAUUGGAAAUAAGUAUCUAAACGAUAUGAGAAGGAUUGUCAAAAAACCUAGUUAACAUCAAAGUGUUGAUAAGCUCCAAUCUUAAUCAAAUCCAGAAUAAGGGUAUUAAUAGGCAGUGAGAAAUCCAAAGCAAAAUAAAUUGAAUGAAAUCAAAUCUCAUUGGAAAUUAAAGCCCAAAUUGACUUUUGAAGAGACUGAUCUUGAAAAGAUCAUAGAUGGAAAUGAGGUCACUGGAUUCUCAAAUCAUCAUGUCAUGCAAGAGGCAAAUAAACUAGCAUCUGAAGCGGUCAGAAAAAUGCAGAUUAUAGAAGCAAAGGGGAAAGGAAAAGAGAGCUUUAAAGAUAUUGAAUCAGCAGAUAAGUUGCUAAUCAAUUCCAUCAAGGUUGAUGCUAAACUUACUCUAAUGGAAAAGGAACUCAAGUCUGAGAAUCGAGGAUAAGAGACAUCUACUAACCAGCAACGGGGAAGAAGUAAUACUAAAUAGCAUGUAUGA